GAGAGCCAUGUUGUAGCCAUGGCUCUCAAAUUGAAUGUGAUAUGAAACAUCACUGUUUUUCCUGGUGGUUAGUGUUUUGUUUUGCUUCUGAUCAUUCCCAAAUGAAAAACUUGAGGGUUGAAAGGGUUCUGUACAAAAUGUCAGAGUUUUCACAUUUGGAAGCAAGUUUUUGGUAAAGCUCUGAAAUCAAAUUUAUUUAAGGUUCAAAUGGCAGCAAAAUUAGAUAAAGUCUUGUUUCCUCAACAAAAAUCUGUUUUAGAUGGAGAUGACACUUGUUUUGUCUGCUAAGAAUUCUUCAUGAAUUCUCCUUCUGCAGGUUGGAGUGGGUGGAGAUCAUUGAACCCCGCACCAGGGAGCGCAUGUAUGCCAACCUACUGACAGGCGAGUGUGUGUGGGACCCCCCACAGGGAGUUUGCAUCAAGCGUACUGGUGAAAAUCAGUGGUGGGAACUGUUUGACCCCAACACUUCUCGCUUCUACUACUACAAUGCCUCCACCCAGCGAACAGUGUGGCACAGGCCUCAAGGAUGUGACAUCAUCCCAUUAGCCAAGCUUCAGACCCUGAAGCAGCACACAGAUGCCAUAAAUCCCCGCUCUACUGCUGGAGGAGAAGGGAGAGGAUCUGCGGACAACAGCCCAGGACGUAACAGCGGGGUCAGCCGAGAAGGAAGCACUUCCUCCUCCCUGGACCAAGAGCUUUGUGAAAAGCAGAGCAGCAAAGAUGAGGUAGAGAGGACUUCUUCUUUCCGCUGGAAUACUGGUACAAAGGAGCGGAUGCUCAUCAAGGUGACAGACAGGGAGCCCAGCUUUUUGGCUCAUCAAGGAAAUGGCUACUCACUCUGUGAAUCCCCAACCCCUGGAGGAGGCAACACCUUGCGAAACCGCCAUUCAUCUGGCGGAAACCCCCCCUCAGAACCAAAUGGUUCACCUGUUCUCUACUCUGACCGUCGUCAGUCUCCAUAUCUGAAGCGGGCUGAGCUAGGCAGCAGUGGAACCCACCGCCGUCCCUCCACCGAGUCCCAGCCUCCAUCACCCCGCUACGCCUUUGAGCCCCCCCUGUAUGAGGAACCUCCAUCUGAUUUUAAGCCACCACCCAUCUAUGAAGAGCCACCUAUUGACAUGAACCUCUCAGACUCAUCUUCCCUUUAUGGUACAAACAAAUCACCAUCCCGGAAGUCUCCAGCUCCCUUUUACCACUCCCCCAAGCAGAGCCAGUCAUCCUAUGGUCAACUGGUUCUGACUAGGCAAAAAUGUCCAGAAAAAGCUCAGAGCCUGGAGUACAGUCCUGUAGGAAAGGAAUACGUCAAGCAGCUGGUGUAUGUGGAACAGUCAUGUUCCAGUCCACGCUUCAAGACUGCUGACCGUCUACAGCGUUAUGGUACUAAUGGAGGUUUUGGUGGAUCAUUUGGAGGGUCCUAUACUCUGCAGCAUAGCCAGUCUCUGAUUAGAGAUCCCCGCCAACUUUUGGACUUUCGUGGAGAGGGAGGAGAAGGAUCUCAAAGGUUUAUUUUUGAAGACUCUAUUUCCUGGACAUCUAGUCAGACUCACUCACUGUCCUCCUCCUCUACAGCUGGGCCAGGUGGUUUCUCCCCCAGUGGCAAUCGUAAACGCAAGAGUCGCAAGCCAUCCCUCCCCCAGGAGCUGGGAUGCUGCGGGAAAGAGGAACUCCCAGGCACAGGAUCAGAGGUCAUGCUGGCCCAGGCCAGGCUAGCAUGGGAAGCCCAGCAGGUCAUGAAACAGAGGAGCAGUUGGGACUCUGGUCAGGGAGGAGGAGUAACCCAAUGCAGCAGCUCCAAAGACGGUUAUGAAAGCGAUGGGGCAGUGCCUCUGCCACUACCAGGACCUGUGGUAAGGGCGUUCAGUGAGGAUGAGGCACUAGCCCAGGGUGAUGGCCACCACUGGAAACGCAGUACCUUUGACCGUUUGGGGUUCCCUCAGGCACUGCUGGAGAAGAGCCUCUCUGUCCAGACCAACCUGGCUUCCCCUGAGCCAUACCUGCACCCUUCCCAGUCGGAGGAUCUUGGAGCCUGUGCCCAGUUUGAAGCCAGUCGAAAUGCCAGGAAUAUGAUGCCAAGUGCAAGUUGUGGCAUAUUCACAGAAUUUAGCUUGAGAAAGCCCUCCUCAGAGACUGACAUUGAAAACUGGGCAUCCAAACAUUUCAACAAACAUACACAGGGUUUGUUUCGGAGAAAGGUUUCCAUUGCCAACAUGCUAGCUUGGAGCAGUGAGCCCAUAAAGAAGCCAAUGAUUGUGACUACAGACCGAGGCGUAAAGAAGGAGGCUGUGGACAUCUUUAAGCUCAUACAGACCUUCAUGGGAGACCGUCGCUCCAAAGCGGACCCUCUUUCACUGGCUCUGGAGGUGGUGGUGCGGGGGUGGAGUAACCAGGGUCUCCGUGAUGAGCUCUACAUCCAGUUGUGCCGUCAAACUACAGAGAACUUCCGGUAUGACAGCCUGGAGCGUGGCUGGGAGUUGAUGGCCAUCUGCCUAGCUUUCUUUCCUCCCACCCCCCGUUUCCACACCUACCUGGAGGGUUAUAUCUACAGGCACAUGGACCCACUUAAUGACACUAAAGGAGUUGCCAUUAGCAGCUACGCCAAAUACUGCUACAGGAAACUGAUGAAAGCUGCUUUGACUGGAGCCAAAAAGGGGCUCCAGAAGCCCUCUCUUGAGGAAAUCCAGCACGCCAGGAAUGCCAUAUUUAGUCCAUCCAUGUUUGGCUCUUCAUUAGAGGAAGUAAUGGUGCUUCAGAAGGAGCGAUAUCCAGACCGCCAGCUGCCCUGGGUCCAGGCCCGUCUCUCUGAAGAGGUUCUGGGUCUCAAUGGAGACCAAACAGAGGGCAUUUUCAGGGUUCCAGGGGACAUAGAUGAAGUUAAUGCUCUAAAGCUGCAAGUUGAUCAAUGGAAAAUUCCCACAGGACUGGAAGAUCCACACAUCCCAGCUUCUCUGUUGAAACUCUGGUACCGGGAACUGGAAGAGCCGCUGAUCCCUCACGAGUUCUACGAGGAGUGCAUUAGUAGCUAUGACAACCCAGAGGCUGCUGUCAAUGUGGUUUUGGGCCUGCCACACAUCAACAAGCUGGUACUCUGCUACCUCAUUCGCUUCCUACAGGUUUUUGCCCAACCUGCCAAUGUAGCCAUUACCAAGAUGGAUGUGAACAACCUGGCCAUGGUCAUGGCUCCUAACUGUCUACGUUGCCAGUCAGAUGAUCCCAGGGUGAUCUUUGAGAACACCCGUAAGGAGAUGUCCUUCAUUCGGGUGCUCAUCCAGCGACUAGACACCAGCUUCAUGGAUGGGAUCUUAUAGCGCCCCCUACAGCUGUUCAGUGACCUACAGCCUCUCCUGUGCUCCCUUUAACCUGCUCCCUGCACACUCCCACAGCACAUGGACACCAUACAUUCAAAUCGUUGCUGCUGGUGAAUACUUGGCAAGUUCAUGUUUACUUUUGACGACAAAAACUGCCUUGAUUUGAGUUUGGCUGCUUUACAUUUUGAGUUGUAUCAGCUGUUUCAAUUUCUGUGGAUUUGGUCCAGCUGUAAUAUUGCAUAUAAACCAACAAUGUUUGGUUGGGGUUUGCUGAACCUAACAGUACUGUGUGUGCCUUCACAUCCAUUAUUACACUAUAAACAUUCAGCUUGAAGAUUUCUGCAGGGAUCUCAUCAUUACAUGAAUUUCUCUUUCAGAUCUGCAGACCUCUGGUUAAUUGUAAGUUUUGUAUGAAGUUAUUUUCACUUUCUGUUGCCUGGCUUAAGUAGACAUUCACUGUCAAUUGCACACUUCCAUACAAGUCUUACAAGUCUGCAGUAAUGCCAUCUGAUUAGAGGAGUGUUCUUCAGUAAAGUUAAAGAACUAGUGCAUGUUUAGCAGACAUUCCACUAAUGUCUCACACUUCACGGGAGAAACAGCUUUAUCGAUAUGGUUUGGCUCUAUCUGUUUAUCGUUAUGACUCCCACUAAACUUAUUAGGAGCUAAGAACUCUGUAAUGGAAUACAUUUCUUCAUUUGUCCAUUUGUGAUCUUGCCUGAAGAUGAACAGAAAAUCAGGUAAAACCAUGGUUUCAUAGACACAGAGGAGCAUCAUGCUGAAGAAGAUGGAGCCCUGUUUUGAUUACAGGGCGAUGAAGUUUACUCUCCUCUGGGUUUGGAGAAUUUUCAUAAUGAUCCAAGGUUUAUGAAGACAGGCUCUCCUCACCCUGCAGUUUUGCUGUUUAGGGGCAGCUUAAAGACUUGAGUUCAAUUCCUUUAAAUGGCAUGAAGUGAUUCAAAAGCUUGAUUCCAGCAGGUAUGGAUGCUCUACACUCACAGGCCACUUUAUUAGGUACACCUGUCCAACUGCUCAUUAAAGCAAUUGUCAUAUCAACCAAUCACACAUCAGCAACUCAAUGCAUUUAGGCAUGUAGACAUGGCCAAGUCAACAUGCAGAUCAUUAAGUCACUUAAUGUUCAAAGCCAUGAUAAGUGACUUUGAACAACACCAACAACCCAUGGUUGUUGGUGCCAGACAGGCUGGUCUGAGUAUGUCAGAAACUGCUGAUCUACUGGGAUUUUUACGCACAAACAUUUCUAGGGUUUAUAGAGAAUGGGCCGAAAAAGAGAAAAUAUCCAGUGAGCGGCAGUUCUAUAGGCCAAAUGCCUUGUUGAUGCCAGAGGUCAGAGGAGAAUGGCCAGACUGAUUUGAGCUGAUAGAACGGCAAAAGUAACUCAAAUAACCACAACUGAGGUAUGCAGAAGAGCUUCUCUGAACACACAACAUGCCAAACCUUGAGGCAGAUGGGCUACAGCAGCAGAAGACCACACCAGGUGCCACUCCGUUCAGCUAAGAACAGGAAACUGAGGCUACAAUUGGACACUAAUUUUGUCUGUUGUCCAAUUUUGUCCACCAAAAUUGGACAAUAGAAGAUUGGAAAAACGUUGUCUGGUCUGAUAUAUGGUAGGGUCAGAAUUCUUGUCAACAAGUUGAAAGCAUGGAUCCAUCCUGAAUGUAUCAACGGUUCAGGCUGGUGGUGGUGGUGCAAUGGUCCUGGCACACUUUGGGCCUACUAGUACCAUCUUCUGAUGGCUACUUCCAGCACCAUGUCAUAAAGCGUGAAUCGUCUCAGACUGGUUUCUCGAACACGACAAAGAGUUCACUGAACUCAAAUGGCCUCCAUAGUCACCAGAUCUCAAUCCAGCAGAGAACCUUUGGGAUGUGAUGGAAUGGGAGAUUCGCAUCAUGGAUGUGCAGCUGACAAAUCUGCAGCAACUGUGUGAUGCUAUCAUGUCAACAUGGACCAGACUCUCUGAGGAAUGUUUCCAGUACCUUGUUGAAUCUAUGCCAUGACGGAUUAAGGCAGUUCUGGAGGGAAAAGGAGGUCAAACCCGGUACUAGCAAGGUGUACCUAAUAAAGUGGCUGGUGAGUGUAUAAUAAUGUCUUUGAUCUGUAACAUUUGCACAGCAUCGGAUUUGCCAUGAGUUUAAUUUCCAGAGUUUUUUAAAAAAUAAUAUUUGAAUUGCUCCUCUCCCCAGACCAAGCCGCUGGUUGUGACUGAUUAAUUGGCCAUGUGGUCUGACCAGCAGGACCAAGCAAAGAGCUCUGAUCUGCCUAUAGCUGAGCAGCUUCUAGUUUUGUCCUCCUGAUUCAGUUAAUCGUUGUUGUUACUAAGCAGACCAGUAAAUUAUGUCCUCAAAUUUAGCAGAGCUAUCAUUAUCGGUGAGACCUGCUGGAGCAAAAGCAGCAUGUGUGGUGCCCUGGGUUUUUCUGCACGUUUUAUAAUAGACGGACAAAGUUUGAAUGGACUGUGUCUGUGGUUUUCCCCCAAACUGACCACUGAAGUCUUUCACUUCAUCUGUGUGGUGCUGAUCAAGUGCUAAUGGCUUUCACUUUGACUCCAUAACACAUAGUUGUAGGAUGCAAGUUGCUCUCACAGUCUUGUGUUCUACAGAGUUGGGUUAUCAGAAUGAAAUCUUCACAUCUAUUGACUCUGCCAAAAUGGACUUUGCCCAUCGAUCAGCUCCCCAGAAGCUGUGAACUACAGAUCCAGGGAGGAUCAAUGAUAUCACUGCCAGUAAACCCCUCCUUCAAUGCUAUUGGCUACUUUGGGACUUCACAGCUGCUUUAGCAGGAACUGAGACAACAGAGCCACUCAGCCCAGACAGGCCUUUCAGCUCACUAGUGAUUAAUCAGUGUGUGCAUGUGUUCAUUUGUCUUUGCUUAGAAGACAACUUAUACAUCCAUUCAGUCUUUGAGUAAACAAUGGUGUAUUUGUUUGAAAUAUUUUCUAUGUUUAACAGAGUUUGUUUUUAACUGAUUCUUUUAUAAAUAAUUUAUUUAUAUUUAUUUCAGAUUUUUCUAAUGCCUUUGACAUGCUGUAUUGUAGACUUACUGUAAGUGUGUAUGUUGGGUAUUGGGUGUGCGUGUGUGUGUGUGUAGGUCUGUGUAAUUCUCAACAUGCAGGGUGCAUACACAUUGCCGUUGUUGGCCGACUAUGAGCAAACACACAGUCGACUGAUCAUUAAGUCAUCAUUAAGCUGAUGAUCAGGCAUAUGAUGAAACAGUCAAGCUAUUUAUCCCUUCAAACAUUUACUUAAAGUGAGUCCCUGAAGACAAAAACAGUGUGCAUUGUACUACCCUAAGUAGUUUCUCAAUUAUAAAAAUCCAGUUGUCUGUAAUUUGCUAUGUAUAAUCUUCCUUAUAUCAAGUUAACACUAAACUUGAUGUAAACAAAUUUAAAACUGGCUACAUGCCGUUCAACGAUUCUCAUUGCAUAAAUUACUGCACUAACUUUCUUAUUGAAGGAGAGAAUUUUAACGGCUAACUGAAAUGAAAGGCCAGAUGGUUGCAGCCAUAUUCACCCCUUAUACUCAUUCAGAUACAGACUUUAUAUGUGACUCUAUAGUGUGUAGGCUGUAACAAUGGGUAGACACAGGGGCACUAUCUCUGCUAAAUGCUCCUCACAUUGAUUGAGGACUAAAGACCCAAUCUAAAUCCAUGCCAUGUCAGCCGUCCAGUAGUAUGUACUGUAGAUAUCCACACUAAACAGUUUUGGAUAAAACCUUCCUUUGGGUUUGUGCUGUGGACAUUUCAGAUGCUGUCCGUAAUGUCAAUGACACCCACAUGACCAGAGGUGUGACUGUAAUGCUGACUGACUUCUUCAAACAAGAUAGUCAGCUUGAUUUAUGUUUGGCCCAUCAGGCUCCAAUGUAAUUUGUUAUAUUGCUAAACAAUUCUGGGAUAUUUUUGUUGGUUUGGUAAGCCUGUGUUCUGUCUAUGAAGACAUUUUGCCUGUGGGAGCUUCAGAGAUGGCUGAGCUGUUGUGAUGUGGCAGUGUGAAUGUUUGGUGUUUGUGUUUUUUUAAUGUGGCAGAUGGUCUGGUUGUAGACUAAACAACCGAUUAGCAUGUUCAUAGGGUCACUCUUGUCCUAAGCUGAAAUUUAUUACAAUGUGACAAAGAAAACAAGGUAAAAUCAUAAUUGAAGCGAUAGCUUUAAACAAACGUAAAAAAAACUUUAAAAAACAGCAGUCUUAUUAAUCCAUAUUUUGGAUCCUUUUUUUCCUACUUGGUUUGUACUUACGAUGAAUUGGUAGUUGUGUCAAUGCUUAUUGUCUAACAUGGCCAUACCACCUUAUUGUCAGUCUCCCAAUUGUAUGUUAAUGUCCGCAGUCACACACAAGACCACACCAUAUCAGAGACAUCUCUGGAGGUGUAAUGUUUAAUAAACAUUCAAAUGACAAACUGA